UAGCGAGAGCGAGUGCCGCAGCGGACGCACGCGCGGGGCGGGGGCGACUUGCCUCGUCAGUCCCGCGCCGUUCGUCGCUGACAGCACCCGCUACCCGCUCACAAUGAAAACUAAACCCAAAGGCGCCCGUGCCAAAAACAUGGAUAAGCUCAUUGAAGCCGUCCAAGCUAGGGAGUGCCUUUGGGAUAAGAGUUACAGAGGCCACAGGAACCGAUUCAAGUUGGAACGCUACUGGAAUGAGGUGGCGGCUGAGGUGGGCACGUCAAGUUUGAACUGUCGCAAGCGCUGGAAGAAUCUCAAAGACCAAUGCCGGAAAGAAAUGAAGAAGGGACCCGGGGAAUCGGAGUGGCCGCAUUUUCAGAAACUGAAAUUUAUUCACCACCAAUUCCUGGCUGAAGAGGAGGAGGGCGAUGAAGAUACCGCCGACGAGGUGUUCAAUUCUCUUGACGAGUCCAUGAAGAGACCGAAACUAGGAUACACGAUGAGAAAGAAAUUACUGAUGAAUAAGAGAAGAACGAUAGACGUGGACAUGAACAAGCUGAUUGAGUUGGUCCAGGCCAGAGAAAUAAUAUGGAACAGGCAGUUAAAGGGACACCAUAAUUGGUAUAAGCUGGAUGAGUGCUGGAAGGAGGUUUCACAGCAGCUGGAAGUGACGCGUGAUGAAGCUAGAUUAAAGUGGAAAUACCUUCGAGAUCAGGCCAGGAAGGAAGUCCGAAAACAAGACUCAGAGUGGGAAUUCCUCCCGAAACUUCAAUUCUUGACCAACCAGUUCAAUGACUAUGAAGGCAACGAGAUCCCCGAAGAUCAUUUCAAUGACUCCCACGAUUAUGAGCCCGAUCCAGGGACCAGUUACUACAACAUUGAACCACCACCGGAGACAGCUCCUGAUGUGAGCGUCAAGGAAGAUGAUUUCGAUGAAUUUGACACGAAGCCUGUAAUAAUGGAGGCGGAUUUCUACGAUGAUGACGACGAAGCCCAGAAAAGUACAACAGGAGGAGAGCCACGCGAACCAGCCAAAGAUGAGGAUAUAGGAUUUUUCAAUAGCUUAUUACCGCACGUCAAAAAACUAGGACCAGCAAAAAAGUUAAUGCUGAGAAUGAAGAUUCAAGAACUAGUCUAUAAUACUGUUUACAAUGAACCAUAAGCUUUUAUGGAUGAUUUAGAAGAAUUCAAAUUUGAUCCAUGAGCUAUGAUUGUAAUUUGUUUAGGUCGAGAGAGUUUGGGUAAAUUCGGUGGAAAUGUCGAGACAAGAAACUUAUGGCUGACUUUGGAAAUCUUGUUUUUAUUAUAAGUAGAAUAUUCGUUGUACCACUUUUAAUACUUUUUUAACUAAACCUGUACUUUAUACACAAGUAUUAGAAGCUUCAGCAGAUCACUUUCACUAAAAUUACUAAAGAAGCUUCAAUACGAAAGACAUAUUUCUAUAUUCUUGAUAUGUUGUUAAUAUUAUUCAUGACAUUUGUUCAUGAGUAAGUACCUUUAUGAGAUUUAAUUUGAUAUCCUUUGAACAAUUAAGAUUUCUUGGUUCUGUCUUGUAUACGUGUAUUUUUGGUACCGAAGGCACAAGAUAAAUAGUUCCUUAAGUGGUUGAAUUUAAAGUCAGUUUUUUUUAAAUAAGACAAUCUUUUAUUUUCAUACAACACUGUUCAUCCAAUAACCGAAAUUCGUCCAUAAUCACUGACACGACAAGGUAUAUUUUAUGUAUUACAUUCAUUCAACCGGCAGGCAGUAGCUUGACUCUGUCCCUGGCAUUGCUGACGUCCAUGAGCGACGGUAACCACUCACCAUCAGGUGGGCCGUAUGCUCGUCUGCCUGCUCGGGCAAUAAAAAAAAAGAAAAUUCUGAUAUUUAAAAAAAAGCUGUCAAUUUCCUAAAUAUAAAAAAUAAAAACCGUUAUUCAUUGAUAACAAUUUUAGAAUAAAAAGUCUACAAAUA